AUGGCAUCAGCCGUACCAUCAGUAUUGUUCCGGGAGUAUCAAGGCGGUGCUCUGUCCAUUUUGGUGAACGAAAACCCCGAUCUUGCACCUCCUAAUGUGAUAAUUCAAGGGCAUCAAAGUUCAGGAAAAACAUUGACAGUGCGGAAGUUCUUCGAGGAAAACCCGCAAAUUUGCAAUUGCUGGCUUAAUCCGGUAGAACUGGUCACUUGGAAGCCUCUGUUGCAGCAUGUCGCAAGAUCAGUCUCCAGCACAUUGAGAACACUGUUUCCUGAAAUCAAUUACGACACUCAGGAUGCGCUAGAGGCGGAGGAUUUUUAUUUUCUAUUACGAGUCUUGGAGGCGGUCUUACAGCGCUACCAGGUACUGGAGAAGUCUAUCAAUCUUUACGUGGUUUUGGACGGCUUUGAUCAGCUAAAAGAGCUUGACCUUGAGCUACUGCCAAAAUUUUUGAAGCUGCACGAACAACUCCCGUCCGACUUCAAGAUUCAACUCAAAUUCAUUUAUAUUGUGAGAGAUGUUGCGUUUCUGAACAAAUACAGCACUUACAACAUCCCUAGCAUCAUAUUUCCACGUUACAGACAUGAAGAAAUUGCAGAGAUAUUACUGCGAAAUAAGACAAACGAAUAUGUGGAGAGUGAAGAACUGCUUGUUCAAGUCGUCAAGUGUGGGCUCGAUCCGGAGGAUUCGGUUUUCGAGCAAAUUGCCGAAAAUUACAUCAAAAUGAUCAUCCAGGCAUUUCAUUCAUACACAGGAAAUGACAUUGUGGCUUUAAACGAUAUCAUGGACUCGAAAUGGGAAAGCUACGUUGAAUCAAUAACUGCCGAUAACAUUUACGAGCCCUUGGCCCUUUACAGGUCAAACAUCGAACUUUACACCACGACUGGAGACACAUUUACCGAUCAAGACGCAACGGGUGGGUUUGACGAAACCAAACAGGGAGCCACCGCAUAUGAGCUUUCUGCGAUCUCAAAAUAUCUGCUACUUGCUGCUUAUCUGUGCUCUUACCUAGAACCGCGUUACGACAGCAAAAUCUUUUCCAAGAAAUCACAUCUCCGCGCCGGAAGAUCCUCUUACGGGCGUCGAAGUAAGAUGGAAACGAACCCUCGUUACCUGCAACCCUCGCUUUUUCCACUAGAACGCUUGUUUUCUAUUUUUCAAGCCAUCUUUCCUGUAGGAGAAGGUGCCCAAGUGAAGUCGAACAUUUUCCAUCAAAAUGAAUUGAUGAAGGCUAACGUUGAGGUUUACGAGAAUUUGGCAGAGCUCAACAGCCUGAAACUAAUCGCCACGGCCACUGCAAAAGGUGUCGACUACUUGAGUUACAAACUGAAAUGGAAAGUCAACGUACCUUGGGAAAUCAUAACCGAGAUUAGUUCAUCGGUCAGUUUUGACAUCGCAGAAUAUUUUACUGGGCUACAUAAUUGA